UAGUCAGUCGGCGAUUGGUUAUUGAAUAAAAUAGACAUUCUAUUCUGAAAUAAAUAAUAUUCCGGAUAUUUUUCAUCAUGGACGUAACCGUUAUUGAGAAGUUACCAGUACUUGAGUUUUUCAAAGUUAAGCCCGACCAAUUAUGUGAAGUGAGGAAAUUAUUUAAUUUAGAAAAACCUGAAAGGAUAAAGGAAGCCAUACAGUUAUUGAAAGAUUGGUUGCAAAAGCAGGACUAUUUCAAUAAGAAGGAUUAUCCUGACGAAUACAUGGAGAGGCUUCUAAUUCUCAACAAAGGGUCAGUGGAGCGUGCCAAAUUAUGCUUCGACAAGUUAUGUACGUUCAGAACGAUUUGGCCUCAUUACUUCACCGCAGUUGACAUAAAUUCCUUCGAAGGAUAUUUUACAGUAUUUAAUAGCAUAGUACUGCCGGACGUGACACCCGAGUAUGCCAGAGUAAAUAUAUUUAAAGUAAACAGCAAUGUGCCAUUGGGUGCCGACCUCAUCAAGGAAUAUAUCAAGUACUCAAUUAUUCUGUGCGAGUACAUGAAAAAGUACGAUUAUCCAAAUGGAUUUGUUAUUUUGCUAGAUUACCGAGAUGUUAAUCUGUUAGAUUUGCUCGCAAUUCUAAGCCCUUCUCAACUUCAGCAGAUGGUGCAUUUGUACAUGGGAGGAUUUGGGAUGCGAAUUCAGGGUGUUCAUCUAAUAACGAAAUCGAAGUUAUCAGAUGCACUAGUGUCGCUCUUAAAGCAAGUGGUGAGCAAGAAACUCGCAGACAGGGUGCACGUUCAUCGAAGCUUGGACACCCUGUAUGACUUCGUUCCUAAAAAAAUAUUGCCGGCAGAAUACGGCGGCGAUGCCGAGCCUUUUGAUGUAAUGAUGGAAAAUUUCAUCAAGGAGCUUGGUUCGACCGAGCAUAUAGAAUACAUGAAGGAGACUCAAAAAGCGACGGUUGACCUGUCCAAAAAGCCAAAAGAUGGCUCCAUUGAUGACUACAUGGGCAUGUCAGGUUCCUUUAGGACUUUGAGCGUUGACUAAGCGAUCAAACUGAGUGGACGCUCGACUGGAGGCGACAAGCGUUUGAAAAACAUGCAAACAUAUGCGAGUUGCCUCAUUGCACGCUG